GAAUUGCAAGGCCCCACUUUUUGCAAAUAUUGGAAGGCAAAGACAGCCAGAGCAUGAUAUCUCCAGUUUGCGAUUAACACCGGGACCCGCGACACCGGUAAAAUCGCCGUCGUUACACCCUCAUUUAACUUAACACUUAAAUUUCUGCCUGAAGCUCAUCAAUCUAAAAAUCUUUUGCAACACAAUCCUUUCAAAAUUUUGUGUCUAAAACUCCUAUUAAAAUAUUUUCUCUUUAAAUGUGCAGCUGAUUAAUGCAAUAAAAACUUUUUUUCAUUUUUUUUUGGGAGUAAUUUUGUAUUAUUUUUAAUAAGAAUUUUGCAAUUUUUGGUGAGAGAAAUUUCAACAUCGUGACGACGGUGGUUUUGAGGAUGGACAAUUAAAGCAUAUGUCAUUGACCUAGUGGCAAAAAUAUCAUUUUAUGAUUUAAAAAUGAAUUUCAGUGGAAGUCUAGCAACUAGUGAAAUGUCAAAUAUUUACAACAACUCUGUGGUGCGUUUCUGGCAUCAUGUAUUCCAUGAGCUAGCAGAUCCAAGAACAAGAGAUUGGUUUUUAAUGUCUUCUCCUGUUCCUGGAGCCAGUAUUAUGUUUGGUUACUUAUAUUUUGUUCUUUCUUGGGGUCCUCGACACAUGGAACAUCGCAAGCCUUAUAAAUUAAAAAACAUCCUUGUUUUUUAUAACUUUCUACAAGUUAUGCUCAGUAUAUGGCUUUUUUGGGAAGGCCUUGAUGCUGCUUGGUUAAGAAAAUACAGCUGGAGGUGUGAACCUGUUGAUUACUCAAAUUCUCCUGAAGCAUUGAGGGUUGCAAGAGGAGUCUACAUGUAUUUUCUAGCGAAAAUUUCUGAACUUCUUGAUACAGUUUUCUUUGUAUUAAGGAAGAAAGAGAAACAAGUAACUUUCCUACAUAUGUAUCAUCAUACAGUGAUGCCAUUAAUAUCGUGGGGAGCUACCAAGUAUUAUCCUGGAGGGCAUGGAACAUUUAUUGGAGUAAUCAACAGUUUUGUACACAUCAUCAUGUAUACUUACUAUUUGCUGGCUGCAGUAUUUCCUGAUUACCAACAAUACUUCUGGUGGAAGAGAUAUAUUACUACUUUACAAAUGGGUCAAUUUUGCUUAGCUUUCCUGCACAGCUUCCAGUUACUUUUCUACGACUGUGCUUAUCCUCGAUGGUCUUUAAUUCUUAUUCUACCUAAUGCCAUGUUCUUCUAUUUCCUCUUUGCUGAUUUUUACAAAAAGGCUUAUGUGCCAGAUAUAGCAAAGACAAAGAAGAAUGAUGACCUGCAAAUAAAUGGCAAUGGAAAUGUGAUGAAGUACAACAAGAAUAAUGAUAAAUCUUGCUCAGAAAAAGUUACCAAUGGUAACAUAUAUAAUAGUAAAGUUAAACGAGCGUGAUAAUUCUAGGAAAUUGAAGUGAAGGAAUUAACUCAUUAUGCGUCGAUGUAAAAUAGUUACAUGCUAACGAUUCUCUUUAUUUUUUGGUUAAUAAAUAGAAAAUAUAAUAAAUAAAUAAAGACAAUUGAAGAAUAGAAGAAAUAAAGUAAUAUACACAGUUAGAAAUGAUUAUAAUAAUUAUAUAUUUAAUCAAAAAAAAAGAAUAUUAAUAAAACUAAAUAAUAAAAUGGCGUAUAUAACAAAAAAAUUGUAACUAAAAUAAACAUCGACAAAAUUUUAAAUACGGACACGAAUAUAGAGACGUGCCAAACUUUUGCUCAGUAAAGUCUGUUGACUAACAAUCAUAUUGCUUCCACGUGUCCGUUCAAUCGGAUGACUUUAGAAAUAGUUACCAUAGUUUAAUAAUUUAAGCCUUAGUUAGAUAUGAUAUGGAUCAAAUAAAAUUGGCUUCAAAAUAAAAUAAGGAACUAAUUAAUAAUCAAAUAACUAAUAGAAACGGAAAUUAAUAUGUCUAAAGCAAAAAAUAUACCACUAACUAAUAAUUUUCAAUCAUUCAUCUGCACUAGAUGAUUUAGUUGCCCACACUUGAUGUGCAAGGGCCCAAAGAUCAUGGCUUUAAGCUCGGCGAGGAUUAACAUAUUCUAAUUCUUGUCGAAUUAUGAAUGAGAUAUGACAUACAAGUAAUUUUUCACAAUAAAAAUCCUCCAAAAA